CGCAUGGAACGUUUUAAGGGUCGUGGAAUAAUCGUGUGUGUAACUACUACUGUGUUCGUUUCUGAAUCAUCCUUUUUACAGACGGGCUAAGUAUCAUUUUGAAAUGGUCACAUGAAGCUUUUGAUGAUCAGGUGGUACGAUGCGGCGCUUCCGUCUUUUUCGUCUCCUGUCUUCCUUCGUUUUCACCGUCUGUUGUCUGUUGCUGGUCAUCAACGGUUUCCUGAAGGUGAAUUUCCGUUUCGGCAUCGAAACCAGUUACUUCAAGUACCCUUCCACUCAGGUAGAAACCAGAAUAGAUCUUCCACGAUACUACCCCGAACGGCCAUGGUUCAUGAGGGGAGGAGUCAUCAGGCCUUCCGAAAUUCGCAUAGGAGGUCCUCCGGGUCGCCUGUGGCCUCACGAAUCCGGAGGAGACAGGAUUGUCAACCAAUUGAUGUACGUGCCUCCAGGAUACGCCUCCCAUCGCAACAUCACUCCAACGCCGCUCAAGAAGAUCGUUCUAUACUUCGGCAGAAGGGGUUGGAGCGAACUUCCGAUGGGACGGACUGCUUUCAUCCGGGACAGAUGUCCCGUCGACACUUGCGAAAUUUCCGCGGAUCAGAAGAAAGCAGCCUCGGCAGACCUGGUUCUUUUCAAGGACAGAUAUGCCGCUGUCUCUUACAAAAGGUCUCCUCAGCAAAUAUGGUUAUUGUUCCUGUUAGAAUGUCCCCUGCACACACAAUCCUUCGCAGACAUAGGUGGCCUUUUCAACUGGACGGCUUCCUAUCGUCAUGAUUCAGACAUCGUCGCUCCUUACGAAAAGUUCGUUCCAUUCCCUGGGCACAAGAAAGGCGAGUUGAGAAGAAAUUAUGCUGCUGGAAAAACGAAGAAAGUCGCUUGGUUUGUUUCAAACUGCGCGGCGAGAAACAAACGACUACAGUAUGCUCGUCAGCUGGCUCAACAUAUCCAAGUAGAUAUGUUCGGGAAGUGUAGUAAGCAGCGAUGUCCGAAAAUGAACAAUUUCUGCUUCCAGAUGUUGAAUAGAGAAUAUAAAUUUUAUCUGGCAUUUGAAAACUCAAACUGCAAGGAUUAUAUUACAGAGAAGUUCUUUAUUAAUGGCUUGGGCCAUGACAUAGUCCCAAUUGUAAUGGGAGCCCGUCCAGAGGAUUAUGCAAAAGUAGCCCCUCCACACUCUUACAUCCACGUAGAAGAGUUCGCGGGUCCGAAGGAGCUUGCGCAGUACCUGCACCUGCUGGAUAAGAACGAUACUCUCUACAAUUCGUACUUCCAAUGGAAGAAUACGGGUGAAUUCAUCAACACUAGGUUCUGGUGCCGACUGUGUGCCCUGCUACACGCUCCCGUAGUGCCUAAAGUGUAUACGGAUAUCCAGACCUGGUGGGCAGGAAAAGGUACCUGUACUACCGACGAAUGGCGUAGUCCCCAGUCAAAAUCAGUUGGAGGUAGCAGCACAGUUACCUUAAAUGGCAUUCCGUAG